AUUUCAAUUAAGGUGUACUCUCCAAAACGUUUUGCGUUCAAAGAAAUUCACACGAAACGCAAACAUAUAAAAUCUCACUGCGAUUGAAACCUGUUCUUCUCUUCUCUAGUUACUCCAACUCUACUAUGCUUUUCUCUCUCCUCUUACUCUUCAAUCUUGAUUGAUCUCAAAGAAUUCGAACUCUAAUUUCAUCAGAUUUUCGAUUCAAACGAACUCCUUUCAUUUCAAUCAGAGGAGAUUAUGCAAUGUAUUUGGUUUGGACUGAGUAUAUAUUGAGACGACGAUGAUUAAUGAGUUUAGGAGUGGGAUUCGGAUUCCAGGAAUGAAAAUUGGGGGAGGAUGGCGUCGAUUUUUGUUUUUGCUCCCUGUUAUGAUCUUCCUGCCUUAUCUGUUAUCUGUUUUAGAGUUGCAUAAGUUCUCAACUACUGUUGAUAGACCUAGAAAGAGUGGUAAGAAACCCGAUCAUCUGGUCCUAGGUCCAGCUGCAGGUUAUGGUUUGCAAAAUCGCUUGCAUUGCCAAGGCACAAAGGCCUUGAACAAAACUCAACAUGCUGCCCCUCAGAGCCUAAAUGCUGGAGAAAAUGUAGCCUUUGUUACAGUAUUCACCAUAUAUAAUUCUUCUGAGAAGAAUAUUGAGAAAAGUUCCUCUGAUCUAGUGACAAUUGGAAAUACUUCGUACACGAAGUUGGAGAGGUCAAUGGCUAUCUUGGAGUCAUUUAUUGACUUCAUCCAGGUCACAAUGCCUUCGAGCAAUGUAAUCAUUCUAACUGAUCCGGAUUCGAAUCUCAACAUCAACAAAGAAAGAGUUACAGCUUAUCCCAUUCAAGGUGAAUAUUCACGAGACAGAUUGAUGCUUCAAAGAAUUAGGUCUUACAUUGCCUUCUUGACUGCAAGACUCGAGGAGCAUAAUGAGCAUGUUCAAGAACAAAUGAACCAUUACAUUUUCACCGAUUCAGAUAUAGCAGUGGUUGAUGAUCUUGGCCAGUUAUUUGAUCAAUACUCAAGCUUUCAUUUAGCCCUAACCUUCAGAAAUAAUAAAGAUCAGCCUCUGAACUCUGGGUUUAUUGCUGUUUGGGGAACUGCAGAGGGCCUCCAAAGGGCUAAGGAGUUUCUGGAGGAAGUUUUAGAAGCGUACACUACAAGGUACAUGAAAGCUUCGAGAAUGCUGGGUGAUCAGUUGGCUUUGGCUUGGGUAGUGAGGUCUCAUCCAUCAUUUAAAACACACAGAUUUUCCAAACCUGUUGCUUUCAUUGAAGAAAUAAAUGGUGCUUCUAUCCUAUUUCUACCUUGUGCUCUGUACAACUGGACUCCUCCGGAGGGCGCAGGACAAUUUCAUGGCAUGCCGCUGGAUGUAAAGGUUGUUCACUUCAAAGGAUCAAGGAAACGGUUAAUGCUUGAAGCUCGGAACUUUUUUCGUUCUUCUUUGAACAUGGAUGACAUGUUAUGCCUUGUCCUAGGCAGUGGAAGAACAAAAUAUGACUUUUGAGUUGCAGUUGCUUGUACAUUUGCAUCUUUGAUCGGCCAAAUGGAUGAUUGGAAGCCACUAUUUUUGGUUCCACGCAUGGAUGAUUGAUGAAAAGAUCGAUGAAGCGACUAGGGGAAUGUCUCUUAACUUUUUGGGAAGGUUAUGAGAACCUUCUUAACUCUUGUAUCAUAGUAAUACUUGUUAGAUUAUGUUAAUAGUCUUAUAAACAGAAUUAGUCUUUGUCAAUUGAUAACUUCCCAUGUAGAAUAAUGGUUAAUCAGUCCUGAUUUUUUGAAGGUACGUUAAUACUGUAUUUAGAAGAGAAGAGAGAGAAAAUGAGCAACACUAUGACUUCAUGAAGUCAUGGUGUUGGGUUGGAUACUUGACUAGUUGGAUGUGAAGGGAGAGAAAGAAAUUGGGAUUUUUUUCUUCAAUUUUUCAAUGUCUAACAUGAAUUAUAAUAGAGCUUAUUUUGUCGUUUCAAUUCA